AUGUUAAAAUAUCUUGGACCGCCAUCUAAAAUACGUCAACCCUAUUUUCUUAAAACUUUAAAUCACCCAACUGAAUUAGAACUUGAUAUUUAUUACCCGCAAUAUGGAUUUGCAAUUGAAGUACAAGGAGAACAACAUAAAAGAUAUAUAGAAUUCUUUCAUAAUAGUGAUCCCAAUAAUUUCACUAAACAACAAGAGCGGGAUCAAUUUAAAAAAGAAUUAUACGAAAAGAACCAGAUUGCCUUGAGAUAUGUUUGGUACUAUGAAGACCCAUAUAUAACUAUUCCAGAGCAUCUUCGUGAAUUGGGUCUCAAUUGA